GAAGCUGUUGUUAAAAUUCGCUAGUGCAUAUUUACCACAUGUUUAAAUAUAUAUGUGUAUUCCAUUUGCACUUCUAGUCAAAAUUUCAAUAUAGGAGGGCAACAUUGAACGCAUUUAUUGGCAAGGGCUACUGUGACUUGGGUCAGACAGACGUGGCAUUCCCCUAUAUGGUUAUAUUUAAUAUUUAAGUUGCGUUGAACUUUUUGUUAAAAUUACCCAGUUGCAAGAAUAGAACUUUGACCAAUGGAUCUUGAUGAGCGUGGGAAGGAGCAGGCUGCGAGAUCCCUGCUGAAGAAAACGUAUAAAGUGACAAUCAUAAUGCUUUUAGUUGGACAACUUCAGGUCUGCGCUGUAAAUGAAAUUUCCGUCAUCAAGAAGUUUCUAGAAAAGCAUUACUAUGUGAGCCUGUUGCAGUUUUUUAUAAGUUUUUUAUCGAUACAGCUGUACGUGUUCUUUUAUCAUGUUAUUGAGAAAAGGGCACUGUGGAAAAGGAUCUUAGCCGGAAUAUGGACGUUCGAGGUAAACACCAUUUCGAUCAUGAAGCCCGCCAAGAGUUCGCCAUACUUGUGUUUCAUAAUAUCCUGGGUGGUCACCUUUUUGAUCAUGGGCGUAAGUGUGAUAUAUGGCAACAUGGCAGUAAAACACCGACGUGGUCUCUUUGUGUCGCGGCACAAUAUAAUCCGUUGGAGCGAACGUCUCUUUGUGCUGACCUGCUUUGGCAUCAUUGUCUGCUCCGAGAUGAAGCGCGUCACCAUCGAGUUUCCCACCCUCCUCAUCUACAGCCUGAUGUCGAACAUUGUAAGGAGACAGUUUGUGGUCAUCUUUGCCGCCUCGAUACGCAAGCCGAACUUCUAUCACGUGGGAAACGUUGCCGAUCACAUACUAAUUGGCCAGCUGUACUAUCUGAACUUCUAUGCCCUGUACAUGGGCAUAGUGUGGACGCUUUCAUCUGGCUUCGAAUUGGCCAACUAUGAUGUAAGCCUGGCGACGUUAUUUAAAAAGCUCUAGAGCAGAUGCCUGCCGCCUUGCAGUGUUGUCAUGCUUCAAAAUGUGUUUAUUACCUCCUUUGAAAUUGAAAUUGCCGAGGCGCAUGCGUCGCAAAGGCCACGAACAGCUGUUUCAUACGGGCACAAACACACGCGCACACACACACACAUGCACACAUAAAUGCAGAGACGCGGGACACACGCCCACAACCUUCCUAGCCCCUUCAUCCAGCGCAGGCAGCCAAUGUUCUCGAUAGUCGCUGGCAAACGCAAAUCAGGAACGUUUUGCUGCCUGCUGCUGGAUGCUUCCUCCAUUGAGGGGCUUACGUCACAGGUGUCGCGAUCCUUGCAAACAUCUGAUUUGUGUUUUAAUUUAGGGCCUGGUACAUUCGGUUUAUGGCCAAGCUAUUCUCGUCCAUUUCCACGCGUUUUUCCCCGUCGAGGUCGGACUUGUGGUUUUAGUUUUUAGUUUGAACGCAUCAAAUCGAUACAGUUUUACUUUACAACGCACACGCACACGCUACACAAAAUAUUUGUAAAAAGUGCAAAAAAAAAUAUUUAAAUAAUAAUAUUUCACGUAAACUUUUCUACAAAAUGUUCGCGAUUCUUUUUGGCAAACGCACGUUGUAUUACGAGUACAAUAAUAACGAAAUUAUAUCAAUUACAUGCCAUUUCAUAUAAGUGUAAAUACAAAAAGGUAUAUAUAUA